CAUUCUAAAAAAUCUUUCACUAUGAAUUUGAGCGAAACUGAAUCGUGAAUGUUGUUUGGUUAUGCUUUUUUUCUUUUCUUUCUGAUAUCAAAUUUGAUUACGUACUUUCAUUUUUCGUUUUGGUUAUGGUGUUGUUUGGCUGCAGUGAAAGAGAGUAUCAGAGAGGAGACAAGAUUGCGUGGUACGCUGAUGGUGAUAAGAUUGUGAGGUACAUAAUGUUUGAGGUAUUGAUGUGGAGUCUACAUAUUAUCGCGAAUUGCAAAAUUGCAAAGGAGGAGCGCAGAGCAGCCGUUGGGUUUCGAUUGAAAAAAGGGAAAACUGGCCUUCUCAGGCUAAUUUGAACAUGAAUGAGCCAGCCAUACAUGGAUUGCUGCCUGGUGAAUUUGCUGACGAUUUUGACAACUGGAAAUCAGUUGUUCAAAACUAUUGGUCACUCCUUUGACCUCUAAGAUUUUCUGAUCAUCCAAAGAGGGUUGGUGAUAAGGACUUCGUCACCUUACAACAUACAACAUGUUCAGAAAUACUCUAGACAUGAAUGCUAAUUUCGGUGGCUUUAACUGUGCAUUAUUACACUGCAACAACAUUUAAGUAUGCAUUUGAUUACAAACCAUCUGAUGUCUACUGGUGCACAGCGGAUUGUGGUUGGAUUACUGGGCACAGCUAUGUCACUUAUGGACCCAUACUCAAUGGUGCAACUGUUGUUCUGUAUGAAGGGGCUCCCAAUUAUCCUGAUGCUGGGCGUAGUUGGAACAUUAUUGAUAAAUUUAAAGUAUCAAUAUUCUACACUGCCCCUACAUUGGUGCGGUCCCUCAUGCAAUAUGGUGAUGAGGUAAGAUACAUCUAUGCUUACUCGAUACCUUCCUGAAAAAUUAUUUGUAAUGGUGAAAAAAUGCUCUUACACAUGGAAAAGAAUUGAAAGUAAAACAUUGCAGAAGAAUGUAUACAAUAUCAAACAGGACUGGAAGCAUCAUUAGUAUAAUUAGUGGUUCCUUAAGCCUUUCUUGCCCCUUCUGUUCCACCCCACAUGUAUGAUGCAAGCAGCAGGGUUCUCCCUUUUCCCAUUUGUGUUGCUUUACGCAUAUGGAACCUUGAAGAUAUUCAGUAGUUUGGGUCAAUAAUCUCUCUUAUUACUACUUCCAUUUAUGGGAU